AACAAAGCCAGCGACGCGAGCAUGUUGUGUGUUUUUUGAUUAUCAGCGUGCGGUCGCGCAUGUCCAAUUGCGCCUAUAAUAUUACGUACUGAUGUACCGCUCUUGCAGUCUUCACCAACAGCACUCUCUCGCGCAUCUGCUCGAUCAAUUUCUUUUCUGACUGCAACAUCUUCUUUAGCUUAUCUUGCCGACUGCACACAAUUGCCAGUAUCAAGUUUUGUACUUUUUAUAAAACUGCCGUUGCGGGUAUACAUGUAUACGAUAAUUUACUUAGGAGCACUGAAUUGCGUCCACGUGCUGCUGAUGCGCCGGUAGCGAUCAUUAGCUCAAAAAGUCAUUAUUUCCCCAUUAUCUUGUCCUCAGAUUACGGCUAUCAUUACCGGUAUCAUCAUCCCUGACCCUCGGAGUUUUAAUCGCUGUACAAAAUCUCCACCGGUUUUUUUCUGUUAAAAAAUUCUACUCGCAUUCGACUCAGCAGUGUACUGAGGGAAUAUAACAUGACUACUCAAGAACCGGCGAUCUUUCAUCACACUCCCGGAACACCCAUCGUUGUUCCCAACGCGGUGGCCAUUAGCGUGGAGAAGGAGACACUAAUCGGCGAAAACGGUGAGCCGCUGUACCGUUGCGGGUUCCGAAUCGGCGGUGGCAUCGACCAAGAUCCCCGGAAAAGUCCUCAUGGAUAUCGCGACCAUGGAAUUUAUGUCACCGGCAUCCACGAAGGAACUCCCGCACAUCGAUCCGGCCUGCAAGUUCAUGAUAAGCUGCUCCAAGUAAAUGGACACAAUUUCACUAUGGUCACUCAUAAACAGGCUUGCGACUGGAUCAGCAAAUAUCCCGUGCUUAAUAUUCUGAUUGCGAGAAAAGAUAAUUAAUUUUUAAAUUGUUCACAUCUACAGACUACAAUAUCCCUGAUUUUUAUAUGUCAGCGAACAGAAUAUAUCUUUAAUGCUUGCAAUGUGCGACCAGUGUCUUGUUAUUUGUGCAAAUUUACAGUAAUCGAUAUUCCGCUGCCGCAUAUAUUCCACAUAUAUUGUACUGUAAAUUAUUGCUUUUAAAACAAAGAAUUAAUUACGUCAUUGUUGGUGUGGACGGGAUUUGUAUGUGUUAGCAGUGUAACUUUUUAGAUUAGUUGACAUGAUGUCUUCAUUGCUAACCCAUGUUGCUUACCAUACCGGCAAUCGGAUAGUGUGAUACAUUAAGAGUUUUUUUUAGUUAGCUUCAUCACAAUUCUUUCGAAUAUUUUUAUUUGCUAACAACCAAUAAAAUAAGAUAUAAAGAAUUAAUUGUAAUUC